AUGGUCGGUCAGCGGAGUGCACGCAUGUGCAAUAAUGUUGGGACUAGAGAUCGUGUUUCAAACCGUUUAUGUGCGUGCAUCAAUGUGGGUGUUCGCACGCAUAACCCAAGUGGGCAUUCGAUCUUUAUUAGAUAUUAUUAUUUUCGUGCAUCCUACGAAUCCCGAUGGACACCGCAACACAAAUAUUUUCGGAUGGCAGGAUGGAACAUGUCGGUUACGAGCUGUGGAUUCGUAGUCACUUGUGUGAGCUUCAGAAUCACGGGUAGGUAUUUUGCACUCGAAUUUAUAAAAGAAGAGGUGCUUCAUCCUUACCGGUCCGCUACUCAUACCUUGAAAAUGAGUGAUCCACUCCUCUCCGAAAUGUUUCGUCUUCGAGUCUUGGCGAUGAUAUGUGAGAUGCAGACUGCUGAUGAAUAUGUCCUUGCAUAUGACCUGUUUUCAAUGAACUCAAUGCUUUAUAAUUCAGAUAUGAUUACUGGAAGCCGUUUCCUGGAUGCUUUUUUCUGCGCAAGUGGACCAAACGUUUUCUUCUCCCAAAAGGAUCCGCCACCCCGUUUCGUGUAA